AUGGACACCGACGACUGGCUGCCCAUGCAGGGGUGCAACCUCCCCGCCGGCGUCAACCCCAACUCCCCCGACUGGCGCGCCCACCUCCAGCCCGAGACGCGCAGCAGGAUCGUCAGUAGGAUAGUGGAAACUCUAAAGAAGCAUCCGCCAGUAUCAGGGCCAGUGGGGUUGUCCGAACUUCAAAGAGACGCUGUGCGAUUCGAAGAGGAGAUCUAUACCGCAGCUACCAACCAGUCUUAUUAUUGGCGGGAGAUCUCUCUGAAAAUGCUCUCUAUGGAGACAAGGACAGAACAGGCUCCUGGAAAUGCUCAUGUGAUUCCAAAUCAAAACAACCCUGGUCAAGCAUCUGAGAACAAUAUUGCUCAAACAGGCCACGCAGGUGUAGGUGAUUGGCAAGAGGAGGUAUAUCAAAUGAUUAAGGGCUUGAAGGGAAUAUACUUUGCAGAACUCAGUGAAUUGUUCAAUAAGAUCUCUGUGAAGCUACAGUAUGUUGAAAGCACCAUACCACUCCAAAGGCAAUCUGAGCAGUAUGAAAGAAUGAAGAUCUUUAAGAUAGUGUUGGAGCGUAUACUGCAAAUUCUGCAUAUUAGCAAGAGUGCUGUCCAACCUGCUCUGAGGGACAAACUUCCUCAAUACGAGAAACAGAUCGUCCAUAUCUUGAAUUCACUAAGAAGGAAGCCAGUGCAACCACAAGUAUAGCAGGACAACAAGCUCCUAAUUCUAUCAUUUUGCAGCAACAACAG